AAAAUAUCAUCUGAUGGCAUGUCACCUACCCAUCCCAUCCACGCCGCCCUAAUCCGCACCCACCACAUAACCUCGCGCAAAAAAGUCUUAAAACUAACCUCCGCGGCCUCAAACCACAACAUCUACGCGCUCCUACGCUAUGGUGGCUGUCCCGGCAUCAUGUACUGCCAAGGAAGCGAACAAGGCGUACAAGAUUGGGUGGCCGAUGUGAAGAGACUGCGAUAUAAAGAUUUCCAGUUGGUUAAGAAGCCUGCAGUUAAGGAGGGUCAGGGAGAGGACGAUGAGGUGAUGAAGUAUGGACGAUUGCAGGAAGUGGAGAGUGUGAAGGAGUUUGGAAUUAGAAUGGAGAGGUUGGGGAUUUGGGCAUGGUGGAGGGGUGGGAUGGGGUUCACUGCGGGUGAGAAGUGA